UCGCCACGUGCCGCACAAUCAAAUGUCUAAUAUUUCAAAAGCUCUAGACUAUAUACAUGAUUUAAUGCCAGCCGAGACUCUAAUUCUCUUACUGCAGCGUCACCAUGAUAACCACCGAACACCCAACCCUUAUCCAGCUUAUCCCUAAUGACAUCGCCCGAACAUCAUGCCUCGAGUCUUGAGGCCUAUAUAAUCCCUUCCCCAGGAUGCCUCCAAAUCCUACUACCUCUUCCUCUCCACGCCCCAUCACCUUCUACCAUCUGCAGCCUAUUUCAAACCACACCCACCAGCACCAUGUUCUUCACCACAUCCAUCCUGGCCGCAGCCUUGGCCUCCUAUGCCCUAGCUUUUCCCCUUGACAAUGCCCCAAACCCGACCCCGGUCCCGGCCCUACCUCCGGCUCCGACCAUCGCUCCCGAUCAGCCCCCGAAUCCCACUGCUGCCGCCCCCGGAAUCGGAGCCACCGUGACCAUCACCGUCUCGCUGCCUUGCUUCGGCGCCACCGCAACCCUGAACCCGACUCUGGGACUCGGGGCUCGUGAAACUGAGGCUGCCGCUGGCUCCGCUUCUGGAUCUGGCUCCAGCAUCAGCGUCCUCCCCAGCUGUGUGGCCUCUCAGGGACCGGGUUCCAAGCCACCCUCCCCCACCACGACCCCCUGCGUUUCUCCCAGCGUCAUCGAUCCCGACAAUAACAAUGACAAUGGCAAUGGAGAUGACAACGGAGACGACGACGACACCGAUGCCGACGACGUCAGCGUCAGCAGCAAACUCCUCCUCCCACCAAGCAGUGGUGUCCCUACGCUCCCUAAGCCAAUCCAAUCCAAGAUCGUCACUACAUCUACUACCUCUCCCACCAAGGUCCAGACAGCAUCCAUCUCCUCCUCUCCCUCACUGCCCGUCACUCUCACCCCCUCCGCAAGCACUUCCCCUUCCCCCACCCCGAAGGUGUCUUUCUCCUCCUCCGCUUUCGACGACGACCAGGACGAUGACCAGACCAAGACCGCUAGUGCUAGUGACAGUGACAUUGCCACCGCGACCAGCACUCAAACAAAGGACCCCGCCGUGCCUGUUCUUCUUCCCUCUUCAACAUUCAAGACUUUGGCUUCAUCUGAGCCGGCUGCUACCACUACCACCAGCACCAGCACCACCAGCACAACAACCCCAAUCUCAUCCCCAACCACCAAGUCCAAGGACCUGACAAUCACCACCCCGGACUCUGCUGUCACCACUACCACCACCUCCUCAUCCAUCACUUCCUCCACCAGCAGUUCUACUACUUCAGCCCCCACAACCAAAUCCCCCAUCACCACCCCCACCCCCACCAAAUCUCUCCCUACAUCUACAUCUACAUCUACCCCUACAACCAAAGUACCAACUUCAACUGCCACCACCACAACUGCCAAAUCAUCCCCAACCCCAACCACAAAAUCCCUCACCGAGCGCAAAGAAGACCCGAAUAUGCCCAUCAAAGUCCCAACUGUCACGCCUAUUCCGGGGAUCGCCUAAACUAACUUACUCUUACUUAACUUCAGAUCUAGUUCAAAUCUAGUCUCAGAUUCCAUUUUCACUUUCAUGAACGUCUUGUAUUCUUCUUAUGAAGGAGGAUUGGGAAGGAUGGAUGAAGGGAUGGAUGAAAGGGUGGAUCUGAUGAUUGGUUAGCUUUAUCUUCUGUUUGCGUUUCGCUUUAAUCUACCUCUUUUUUUUUCUUUUGCUAGUGAAUGUCCUUCUGGUUGUUCAGUUGAAAGGAAAGAGUGAGAAGUAAAGGAUGUGGGUUCGUUAGAAGCUGUUUUGCUGACUAUGUAAGAGUCGUUCUAUCGAUUAAUCUAAUAGCUUCAAUGCUGCUUGCUAUAAAAUCAAGAAGAGAAAGAUAUAACUUGCUUAGAUCCCGACCGAGUCCGUACUAUAAUGGUGUCUUAUCAUUUUCUCGCAGACGUAUGUCGACUAUUCG